AUGACCAACCCAUUUGAACAGCAUGCAAUGGCAUCCCACAACAGCAAAUAUCCAGGCACAGUUGUUAGGAAACCGCCUGUCACAUCAACUUCCAGCAGCAAUGAUUUAUCCAUAGAGGAUACAUGCAAACAGUUGAAGCGAAAGAUUAAAGAAAUCACAGAGCUAAAUGUUGCAAUGAGCAGAGAUUACUUUCAUGCAAAAAGAAAGAUCCGUACAUUAACAUUUGAGCGAAAUCUGUUGCUCGAUAAUAUUGGCCGUUUACAAUCUUUAUCCAACUUAACAGACGAUAGUGAUAGUGAUAACUACAGUGAUUUAUUAGACUCUGAUGAAGAGCAUGAGAUGGCUGUAGCAACACCAUCCCCUAGGUCCAAUGCAAUGACAACAAAACCACCGUCUUUGUCGAGAGCAACAAAGAAAUUCACAAACAAACCUACAUUAUCGACACCUCACCGUCAAACAAUCAAUAAUGCAGCCACAACUGAUCCAAAUACUAAUAUGCCUACCAUCAGCAUGUCUCCUCAUCCUCACCCUCCUCCUCACAAAAGAUCCAAGCUCACUCCUCAGUCUGUGAAAACGCGUAGGGUGCAACCCAUUGAAAGAGACGCUCAAGGUCAACCUAAAUUACCACAGCAAAUUGGCGUCUUGACAGUGCAUCAUUUAGGCACCAUUGUUACCAAUAGGCCCAACUAUCACAACGAGAGAUACAUCUUUCCAGUGGGGUAUUCCGUAAGCAGAACGUAUCCUAGUAUGGUGGAUCCCAAUAGCAACACAGUGAUUACAUCGUCCAUCAUUGACGGAGGAGAUUACCCUCGAUUUCAAGUGGUAGCUGCUGACAUGCCACAUGAACCUAUUGUGGCCAAUUCAGCAACAGGGGCAUGGACUGUGGUUGUUCGUCGCUCUAACGAGAUUCGUCGUCGAGAACAUUCUAAUUCUGCAUCAGGACCCGAUUAUUAUGGCUUUAAGCAUCCCACAAUAGCAAAAUUAAUUCAAGAUUUGCCUGGUGCAAAAGAUCUGAGGCAGUAUGUUUGGCAAACGUUUGAGGAAAUGGAACCAAGAGCUGCAAAAGGCGUAAUGGCAGCCGCAGAGAAAAAGAGAGGCAAUUUGGAGCAGAUGGGAAGUGCUAAUAGAAAGGUGCCAUCAGCAUCUUCUUUAUCGGCUUCGUCGUCAUCGGCUACACAUUCACUGCAUCACUGCAAUCAUCAACAACGGAAUCCUAGUGCUACCUUCAUUCAUCAUCAUGAAGAAGAAGGUCAGGAUCAAGAUGGCGACAUGGAAGAAGAAGAAGAGGAAGUGGAUGAGUUGGCUGCCAGUGAUAAAGAGGAGGAAGAUGUCUAA